AUGACAUUUUCAGCUGGUUGUUAUCAAUUCGGUGCUUUUACUAAUGAAGCUCCUACUUAUUCUGAAGAUUGUCUCUAUUUAAAUGUAUGGGCUCCAGUAAAUGCAACAAAUACUUCUUUAUUACCAGUCAAAGUUUGGAUCUAUGGUGGAAGUGGUGAUACUGGUUCAAAUGCUGAUCCUUUAAGUAAUGGAUGUGCUAUAGCUACAAAUGCGAUUCUUGUUUCAAUGAAUUAUAGAUUUGGUCCUCUUGGUUGGCUUACAUUAGGAUCACCAACAAAUUUUACAGGUAAUUAUGGUGUUCUCGAUAUUCUCUUGGCAUUAAAAUGGAUUCAAGAAAAUAUUGUUUCAUUCGGUGGUAAUAAUAAAACUGUUCUCCUAUUUGGUGAAUCAACGGGUGGAUUUCUUGCUCAUAUUAUUAGUACUCUUCCUCAAGCUAAUACUCUUUUCUCAAGUGUUAUCUCAGAAUCAGGUUCUGGAAGAUAUCUCACAACUACUGAACAACAGAUUACAAAUGUUGAUCAAAUCAAUCAAGCAACAAUUAUCAAUGCUUCAAUAUAUUUUUAUUUACCUACUAAUUUUUAUGCUCAUGUUGAUGGAAAUAUAAUACCAGUACAACCAAUUUAUACUUCACCAAAAGUUCCAUUCAUGGCAGGCACAUGUACUAUGGAAGGAACUUUCUUUGCUUGGUCAUCUUUCUCUAAUCCACUGGGUGUUACUUCAAAUGAUUAUAAUACUUAUCUUAGUACUGUCUUUGGUGCUAAUCUUGUUUCCAAUAUUUCGUCUGUCUAUCCCAUCUCAAUGUUCAAUUCAACUAGUGUACCAGCUCUCUACGCUAUUGCUGCUGUUAUUACUGAUGCCGAAUAUGCUUGUCCAACACGACGCGCUCUCAAAACUUCAUUAACAACUAACUUGGGUACAUAUACUUAUUUAUGGAAUCAUACACCAAGUUGUCCAUGGAUAUCAUCAAUAAAAGUUGCCGCUCUCUCUGCCUUAGGUCCAACUCAUACUAGUGAACUUGCAUUUGUAUUUGGAGAAAUAUCAGAUUUACCACAACUAAGCGGAAUAUGUACACUAUCAGCAAAUGAACAAAUUUUAAGUGUAGAAAUGAUAACAGCAUGGCAAAGUAUGUCGAAAAAUGGUUAUCCAACAUUAGUAAAUGGAACUAAAUGGAUAGAUUGGAGUAAUGGUAAACAAGGUGUCAGAUUUGAUCAGAAUCUCACUUUUAACAUAAUCAAUAUGACACAAUGUGAUUUUUGGGAUUCGAUUCAAACAUUUAUGACAACUACAACUCCUGUAAGUGGAGUUAAAUCUUAUCACGGAAUUAUAAUCAGUGGUUUUCAUCUAACAUUUGCUAUAACAUAUAUUGGUCAAUGUCCAGUAGAACCUAUGGUAAUUACUUACAUGAUCGUUCAUGCUUCAAUUCAUCUAUUACUAAUUUUACUUGCUUUGAUUGGAGUAAUGAAUAUAAGACGUAAUUUUCCUCAUGGUAUAGAAGUAAAUAAAUCAAUGGAAACAAUUAUUCUCGUUAUUACUUUCAUUUCGACAUUUAUCGUACUCUUAUUUAGCUUUGCUUGGUUAAUUGCAGAUUCAGUUUGGGUAUAUGGUGUGAAAGUUAAUAAUGUUCAAGGAGAUUAUCCUAGUAUUACAAAAACGUAUUGUCGAUCUGAUUUAUAUAAACCUGCUUUUAUUCUCUUAACUAUUAAUUAUAUUGAUUUGUUGCAAAACAAGCCAACAAAUUUAUGCGAUGCAUAG